AUGAAGCUUUCCUCCACAGCCAUCGUGGCCGCCGUGUCGCUGGCCUCGUCUGUAAUCGCCAGCAUCGGUCGUGGCGUGCCCGACCCGCACCACAUCCAGAACCUCUACCGCCGUGCGCGCGACAGCGGCGAGUACCACAACCUCAUCUACAAGCGCGGCUCGCCGGCCCAGGCGGCGCUCAAGGCACGCGCCACCGACGAACCCUCGCAGGCGGCCAUCACCAACGCCAAGCAGGAGUGCACCGCCUACAAUCUCCCCGAAAUCAGCGCGAUCGCCAGCCAGUUCCCCAAGCCCUGGGACAAUGCCACCAUCCUGCCCGGUGACUCGCAGGCGCAGGCGGUCUGGAGCAGCAUCCAGGCGUCGGGCAUCAUCCCUGCGGGCAUCACCCCCAAGGGUACCGUCAACGGCGACUUUUCCUCUUUCACCCCGACCUACCCUCGCUCCGACCCGGACUGCUGGUGGACGUUCAACGGCUGCGACAAUCCCAAGCACCCCAACAUUCCCGCCGACCUGGUGCAGUGCCCCGAGCCCAACACCUGGGGUCUCACGUUCGACGACGGCCCCAACUGCACGCACAACGCUUUCUACGACUUCCUGCAGAAGAACAAGCAGAAGGCCACCAUGUUCUACAUUGGCUCCAACGUGCUCGACUGGCCGCUCGAGGCGCAGCGCGGUAUCGUCGACGGCCACCACAUCUGUGUGCACACGUGGAGCCACCAGUACAUGACCGCCUUCCCCAGCGACCAGGUCUUCGCCGAGCUUUACUACACCGCCAAGGUCAUCAAGGACGUCGUCGGCGUCACCCCGACCUGCUGGCGCCCUCCCUUUGGCGAUGUCGACGACCGCGUGCGUGCCAUCGCCAAGGGUCUCGGCCUCGAGACCGUGCUGUGGACCGACGACACGGAUGACUGGAAGAUCCUGCCGCUCGGCACGCUCCCCACCGCCUCGAUCGAUGCCAACUACGCGUCCAUCAUCGCCAAGGAGACCCAGGGCCCCACGGCGGGUCAGGGCAACAUUGUGCUCACGCACGAGAUCAACGGCCACACCAUGGACGAGUUCAUGAAGCAGUACGCCAACAUCCAGGCCGUCUUCAAGCACAUUGUGCCGCUCACCGCUUGCAAGAACCAGACCAAGCCGUAUCCCGAGGACAUCACCUACCCCAACUUUGCCCAGUAUGUGGCGGGCAACAUCAACGCCACCGGUCUGCCCUCGGGCUCCUCGAUCAAGGCGGCCGACAACCACUACAACCCCCAGCUCGCCGUGUCCAUGACCGCGAGCGGCAGUUCGGCCGCUGCCUCCGCCACGGGCUCCUCGUCUGGCUCCACUGCCGGUUCUGGGUCAGGCUCCUCGUCGUCGUCGUCGUCGUCGUCGUCGUCCAACAGCGGAACCAAGCAGUCGCAGCAGUCGUCCAAGUCGGACGCAUCGUCGCUUCAGUCCAGCUUGGUCGUGGCUGGAUCGCUUGCGGCUGCAGGUAUCCUGUCCGCCGUCGUCAUGCUCGCUUGA